CAGCCUUGCUCCCCCCCCACCCCUCCGAGCCUUUUCGGCCUGAGCGUGGGACUAGUCGCUACCUAGGCGGCCUUUUUAGGAUGGAGGAGUCGCGGCCGCCGGCGGAGGCCGAGAGACGGAGGGCAGAAGUUUGGAUUCCCUCAGCUCUCCUCCCCCACUUACCGAGCAGCGCUGCUACUUCUAUCGGUACAAUACCCGGCGAGUUGUUCUCUGCGCUCUCCUUUCCUCCUCCGUACGGUAGCGAGCGAGCGAGCGAGCGAGAAACUACUGGGAAGCCCCGAGGCACCCCGCGCUAGCACCUGGGGAUGUCCGCUACGCUUGAUCCCGGAGACAGAGCCAGCCGUGCCGUCCCACCGCGUCCUUUUCUUCCGCGUCCCUGGGGUCGCAAAGGGGAGAAAGGACGGACUUCUUGGCCGCCCACGGCAUAGCCCCGGGUGCAGGAAUAAAGGAUUCCUGGCUCUUUGAACUUUCCAUCUGCUGUUAAUCCGGGGAAAACCUUAUGAGUUAUGCCUUCUCAGGACUCUGACCUUUCCGAGAAGGAGCAGGAGAAAAUGACCAAGUUUCAGGAGGCAGUGACGUUCAAGGACGUGGCUGUGGUCUUCACUAUAGAGGAGCUGGGACUGCUGGACUCUGCCCAGAGGAAGCUGUACCGAGAUGUGAUGGUGGAGAACUUCGAGAACCUGCUUUCAGUGGGACAUCUUCCCUUCAAGCCAGAUAUGAUGUCCCAGUUGGAGGCAGAAGAAAAGCUUUGGAUGAUGGAAAGAGAAACCCAAAGAAAUGGAUAUUCCAGUGAGAACCAUGUGGCUGUUCCUUCAGGCAGCAAGAAUCAAAAGGAGAUGGAGACUCUUCGAAAAGUUGCAUUAAAAUACCUUUCACACGAAGAACUAUCCUGCUGGCAGAUCUGGAAGCAGGUGGCAAGUGAUUUAACCAGCUGUCUUCAGAGGAAGCGUUCCCAGUUACUCCACGGUGAUUCUGUUCAGGUUUCUGAAAAUGAGAAUAAUGGAAUGAAUCCUAAAGCAGGUAGCUCCAGUUACACUGCAGGUGUAUCUAUUUUGAGAACUCAGGAUUCUUGUGGGAAUACCUACCCGCGUGAGUCACCGGAGCAGAGUAGAGGUCAGCAAGUUAAUGUGAAAAAUAACCUGAGUGGAUGUGAGGCCUUCAUGAAGCAAUCACUUAGCGAUCGUAUUAGCACUGGCACAGAACAGAAACCCUAUAAAUACAAUGAAUGCGGCAAAAGCAUUUGCGACGGUUUCAGUCGACAUGUACCCCCAGGAGGGGAUCUCUUUCCGUGUCGUGAGUGUGGAAAGGGUUUCGGUUAUAGCUCAGUGCUUCCACUUCACAAUGUUCACCCAGGAGAGAAAUGCUCCAGUCGGUGUCCACACCUGCAGGCUCUUCAGAGAAUUCGCCCAAGAGAGAAACACAAUAAAUGUCACGAACCUGGCAGUUGCUUCGGUAAGAGCGCUUUUCAUCCUCAUCAGUCUAACCACACAGGGGAGAAGUCCUACAGAUGUGACAGUUGUGGCAAGGGAUUCAGUAGCAGCACAGGCCUUAUCAUUCAUUACAGGACUCACACCGGAGAGAAACCUUACAAAUGUGACGAGUGCGGUAAGUGCUUUAGCCAGAGUUCAAAUUUUCAAUGCCAUCAGAGGGUCCACACUGAAGAAAAACCAUACAAAUGUGAAGAGUGUGGUAAGGGCUUCGGCUGGAGUGUUAAUCUUCGUGUUCAUCAGAGGGUCCACAGGGGUGAGAAACCCUACAAAUGUGAGGAGUGUGGUAAGGGCUUCACUCAGGCUGCACACUAUCACAUACAUCAGAGGGUCCACACUGGGGAGAAGCCUUACAAAUGUGACGUCUGUGGUAAGGGCUUCAGUCAUAAUUCACCGCUAAUAUGCCAUCGGAGAGUCCACACUGGAGAGAAACCAUACAAAUGUGAGGCGUGUGGGAAGGGCUUUACCCGUAAUACAGAUCUUCAUAUCCAUUUCCGAGUUCACACAGGAGAGAAACCCUACAAGUGUAAGGAGUGUGGGAAGGGCUUCAGUCAGGCUUCUAAUCUUCAAGUCCAUCAGAAUGUCCACACUGGGGAGAAACGAUUCAAAUGUGAAACGUGUGGGAAGGGCUUCAGCCAGUCAUCAAAGCUUCAAACCCAUCAGAGAGUCCACACUGGAGAGAAGCCAUACAAAUGUGAUGUGUGUGGUAAGGACUUCAGUUACAGUUCAAAUCUUAAACUGCACCAGGUAAUUCACACUGGAGAAAAACCAUAUAAAUGUGAGGAGUGCGGGAAGGGCUUCAGCUGGCGAUCAAAUCUUCAUGCUCAUCAGAGAGUCCACUCUGGAGAGAAACCCUAUAAAUGCGAGGAGUGUGACAAAAGCUUCAGUCAGGCCAUAGACUUUCGGGUACACCAGAGAGUCCAUACUGGAGAGAAACCAUACAAAUGUGGUGUAUGUGGUAAGGGCUUCAGUCAGUCCUCUGGUCUUCAGUCCCAUCAGAGAGUCCACACUGGGGAGAAGCCAUACAAAUGCGAUGUCUGUGGAAAGGGUUUUAGAUACAGUUCACAGUUUAUAUACCACCAGAGAGGCCACACUGGAGAAAAACCUUACAAAUGUGAGGAGUGUGGGAAAGGCUUUGGGAGGAGCUUGAACCUUCGCCAUCAUCAGAGGGUCCAUACAGGAGAGAAACCCCAUAGGUGUGAAGAGUGUGGAAAGGCCUUCAGUCUCCCCUCAAAUCUUAGAGUCCAUCUGAGCGUUCACAUUAGGGAAAAACUAUUUAAAUGUGAAGAGUGUGGUAAGAGCUUCAGUCAGAGUUCGCGUCUUCAAGCCCAUCAGAGAGUACACACUGGUGAGAAACCAUACAAAUGUGACGUAUGUGGUAAGGACUUCAGUCACCCUUCACGUCUUACGUACCAUCAGAAAGUCCACACUGGCAAGAGUCGUUGAAAGUGAAGAAUGUCUUAAUGGCUUCUGUCAGGAUGUACGUCAUCACAUAUUUGGAGGGUCGUUGCUGGUGAUAAACUAUCAAGUAUUGAGAGUGGAAAGGGAUUUCUUCAGAUGGAAUCUUUCUAACAUCCAUUAAAAUGGUGACGUGGAACCAUAAUACCAGGAAUGGAACUAGUAUCAAGGGGGAGGAAUAGCUUGUAACCCUCUUGGCAAGAUCCAUCUGCUAUAGUCUUUAAAAGUAAAUACAUGCCUAAAGAUACUGUGUGAAAAGGAUAUUUGCCAUAUAUAUACUAGCUAGUUUUUUUGGCGGGGGGGAGGUGGUCAGGGAGGUUUCUGGAUUACUUUAAUUUAUAUUUUAUACUUAUUUACAGUGACCAUUAUUUUUACUAAAGCUGUAAAGCUGUGAAAAGUGAAUAAAAUUACUGACUUAAAUUUCCUAGAACCAAGAAUUCAUACUAUGAUUGCUUUAUUUCAUAUGGCAUAUUGGAUUAAAAUUAAGGAAUAGAUCCCCUGGGAUGAAGCUUUGAUAUUCAGAAGUAAAUUUGUAUUUGCUAUAGAUGUAUAAAAAAGAAUGGUCAUUGCAUCAUUGUUUAUAAUAGGAAACAAUCAGUUGGAUAGAGUAUUUUAUGAUUUAUUAAUCCAGUAGGACACUAUGCAAACAUCAGAUGGGAAAAGGUAAAUUUAUAGUUCGGGAUAUUGGAAGAUGUCCAGAAUAUAUUAACCUGAAAAAAACAAGGCAUGGGGUUUUGUGUGAUCUCAUUAGAAAAGGUAUAGAUGAAUAGGUAUUUCUGGUUAUCGCUAAAUGAUGGUAUUUUGUUUCAUAUGUAUUUUUGCAUUUCUUUAAAUUUCUUAUUUUGAAAUAUCAAACUUUCCAAGAAAUGUAAGUUCUAUAACAUCUCUUGGAUUCCCUUUAUUCAGAUUGAUGAGUUAACAUGUUUGAAUCAUUCUCUCCUUGUAUGUGAAUGUGUGUAUAUACACACAUACUGAUAUCUGUAUGUACACAUAGAACUUAAAAAAUUUUUUUUAAUGUUUAUUUAUUUUUGAGAGACAGAGUACUAGUGGGGAAGUGGCAGAGAGAGAGGGAGACAUAGAAUUCAAAGCAGGCUCCAGGCUCCAAGCUGUCAGCACAGAGUCCGAUGCAGGGCUCGAACUCACAAACCAUGAGAUCAUGACCUGAGUCAAAGUCAGAUGCUUAACUGCUCAACCGACUGAGCCACCCAGGUGUCCCUGUACACAUAGAAUUUUUAACCACGAGUAUGUUACAGACCUCUUGCCCCUUGCAGCUAAAUACGUCAGUGUAUGUGCUAAGAACAAGGAUAUUUAAUUUACUUACACAGCUACAAGUAUAGUGAUCAGGAAAAUUUAAUACUGAUACAUAACACUAUUUAACUUACAAACCUUAUUCAAAUUUUAUCAGUUGUCCUGAUAAUAUAUCACAUUCUUUCUGGUUUAGAAUCUAGUCAAGGUUUAUACAUUUCAUUUAGACUCCUUUAAUCUGGAUCACUGCCUUCUUGUUUAUUUCUAAUGACCUUGAUAUUCUUGAGUGUUAUACAGUUUGGAUUAGUGUGAGGUUUUCUCAUUAUUGGAUUUAAAUUAUGCAUUUUUUGGCAUAAGGAUUCCAUAAGUGAUGUGUCCUUGGUGUAUCACAUAAGGAAACAUGGUAUGUUAGUCCUAUUCUAGGUGAUGAUAACUUGGUUAACUCGAUUAAGGUAGGUAAGCCGGGUUUUUCCACUGCAAAGUUACCAUUUUUACCUUUGUAAUUAGUACUUUGUGGGGAGGUAUAUUCUGGUUCUGUAAAUAGCUUGUUUUUCAACAGAUUUUCGUCCACUACUUUUAGCAUCCGUUGCUAAAUGCGGCCUAAAUCGACUGACUGAUGGUUGCAAAAGAGUGGUUUUCUACCAUCAUCAUUCCCUCAACAUAUGUUAGCCAAUAUCUGUACUGUUUGCUCAUUUUUUUAAAGUUUAUUUAUUUAUUUUGAGAGAGAGUGUACGGGUGAACAGGGGACAGAGAGAGAGGGAGAGGAUCCCAAACAGGCUUUGCACUGUCACCAUAGAACCUGAUGCGGGUCUUGAUCCCGUGAACUGUGAGAUCAUGAUCUGAGCCAAAAUCAAGAGUGAGACUUAACCGACAUACCCCUCCCCCGCCCGCCACCAGUGCCCCUACCUAUUUACUCAAAUAAAUUUGAGCACAUCCUUACGCUGGCACAAUAUGAUGUCCCAUACUUAUCUUGUAGUCCCCCACCCCAGCCAUGGAAUCUGUUAUUUCUUUAGGAGACCUUGUUCUUCACAGUGGGGAAUGGUAUUUAGAAAUUAAGGCCUGAGAAAUAGAUAUGCCCCUCACUACUGCGGGGAUGCAAAUGAUAAGUAGGUAGGUAGAUAAGGAUGUUGACAGGUAGAAAGAAUGAACCAUGAGUUCGAACCACCAAUUCUCAGUUCAGCAGUAUAGUGUUCUUUGUAGCCUUGCCCCAUUACAAAUGGCAUCUUCAUUCUCUAAGCAUAAAAAAUGUUACUCCCAGUAUCAUCCACAUACUAACUGAAGAGUAUGGACAUGCUCUCCCAGCUACAACUUGGUUCUGUUGUUCACGGGAAAAGAAUGGAGUAUUGGACAACUAAAGCUAGAAGCGACUUUUGAAUGGCAUAGUCUCUACCAUAAGUUUUCCCAGUCUCAGGUCACCAACUCUAAACCAAGUAAAAUAUCCUUGUUGGACCAUGAAGAAAAGUAUCUGAUAGAAUCAUUAAUCCAAAGUUGGGCAUAUCCAGAUGAGAACCUACCCGGUUAAUGAUCCCUUGCAGAUACUAGGACAGCGAAUGUAAAGGAAUAGUUCCUUUGAAGGGUAAGUUGGGGAGCAGUUCUGGCCAUUGACCAGCCCUGCAUUAAGUCAUCUAUUCGCCUCCCAUUCCCCCCUAUACUUAGAAGGAGCUUGACAAUUUUCAGGCCAUUGAGGACCACACCCCUCCAUUGCUUCUU